AUGGCUAUUGCAAGGUUAUUUUAUGAUUCUUGCAUCCCAAUUAAUGUUAUUAAUUCAAUUUAUUUUCAACCUAUGGUGGAUGCUAUAACUGCAAUUGGUCAUGGGUAUAAAAUCCCAACUUAUCAUAAUUUGCGUGUAAAUUUAUUAAGAGAUGCUAGGAAAGAAGUGCAAUUACUUGUUGAUGGUUACAAGAACAUUUUGGAGGAUGUUGGAUGUACUUUAAUGGUUGAUGAUUGGAUAGAUAAUUCACAUAGGUCGCUGAUUAAUUUUCUAGUGUACUGUCCUAAAGGAGUGUGUUUUGUGAAAUCAGUGGAUGCUUCACAUGUUGUAAAGGAUGCUACAACAUUGUUCAGCUUGUUUGAGGAAAUAACUUUAUGGGUUGGACCAAACAAUAUUGUCCAUCUUGUCACUUACAAUGGAGCAAAUUAUAAAGCUGCUGGAAAAAUGUUGUUUGAAAAAUAUAGCAGUAUUACUUGGUCUCCUUGUGCAGCACAUUGCAUUGAUUUGAUGCUGAAAGACAUAGCUGAGAUGAGUCACAUAGUUAACCUUUCGAGAUGUGCAUCUGAGGGUUGGACAGAAAUUAUACGCCUAGGUGCAACACUUUUUGCCACAACUUUCAUUGCAUUGAGUAGCCUACAUCAGCACAAACAUGACUUGAAAUCUACGAUGACAUAUAUAACUUUUGUGGAGUCUCGAUAUGCAAAAACUAAUAAAGGCUUUGCCUUUAUUUCCAUAGUUCUAGAUAACCGAUUCUGGGAUGACAUUGGUAUAAUUUCCAAAGUUGUGAGUCCAUUGAUGCUUAUGCUCCGAAUUGUAGACUCAGAUGAGAGGCCUUCAAUAGGAUAUGUGUAUGAAGGCAUGUACAGAACGAGGAUGGGGAUCAAGAAGCUGUUUAAGAAUAAGAAAAAUUUGUACAAGCCUUAUACAAUAAUUAUUAAGAUGCUCUGGGAUAGGAUGUUGCACCAUGAUAUUCAUGCAGCAACAUAUUAUUUGAAUCCUGCUUUUAAAUAUGACGAAGAUACUUUUCCCAAAAAACUUGAGGUCAUGUAUGGUUUCCUUGACACUAUUGACAAUAAAUCAGGUACAUUCAAAAUGAGCAAGACAAUGUUACUGGAGGAGAGUAGAUUAUAUCGAGACCGUCUAGAAAACUUUUCUCGUGAGCUUGCUCUUCAAACUUGCAAAACUACACGGUUGGGAGCUAUUCCUAUAGAUGGUGGUGAUCACCCUUCUUAUUAUGACUCAAUAGAUGCUUCAGAAGAAUUUUUUGUAGAUGAUGUUGCCGAUGUUAAUAAUGAUGACGAUCAUCUAUCAGAUGGAGUUUAUAAUUUGGAUCCAAAUUCUGGAAUUUUGCAUUCUGUGAACAGUAACAUUGCUGACGUCAGCAUGAUGAUGUCAACGGUCGAACCAGCUGGUUAA